GAUCGAAACUUGAUCACACGCAGCACACGUCAAUGAAUCGGCUCCCGGCUUACCCAUUCGCUCUCCCAGAUCCAGGUAGCUAUCCAGGUGCGUCAAAUGGAGACAUCGUCCCCCUUGGUACUUCGGAAGAAACAUCACGUGUGAUAUCCGAAUCAACUUAGCUACUAUCCGAUUCGAGGGAGAGAACAGCGAGCUUUGAAGCACGGAAUCCUGAUAUCAAUAUGGAAGUCAGUCCCGAAGAAGUUCUCUGUAUCUAGCCUCUCAAUGCAUAACUUUUACGAUGAUAAUCAUACUAAUACUCCAACUUACUCCCAGGCCUAUCUUGUGCUGAGUGGACAUCAAGUGGUAACCUCAAUGUUUACCAACGAUCUGACGUUGACGGUGUCUGUAACACCCCUAUGCGAUGGUACACUGGAUGUAUGGUCUUAGGUGCAAAGAUCCGUCUGAUUCUCCAAUACAUCUUGAUUGUAGCGGUCCUUUUCGUAGAGCUUGCCUUCCUCCUCAGCGAGAUGAUAUAAAGAAGGAAGCAUCGCAGCAAGAGUUCCACGAGCAUGGUGUCCACCAAUCAUGUUUUUACCGGGUUUGCAUUCAUCGGCUUCGUUCUACUCAGUGUCCUUCUGCCGCUCCAUAUAAAAGCAAGAAAUAUCGGUACAUGCGCUCUCGUCAUAUGGAUAGGCUUGCUUUGCUUGAAUGGAUUCGUAAACUCAAUCAUUUGGGAUCAUAAUGUCACCGAUUGGGCACCUGUGUGGUGUGACAUAUGUACGAACAUCUUGGCUUAAGUGGGGAAUUGGUGCGCAUUCAACGGGUUUAUGCAUUGCUCGUUAUUUGUAUUUUGUCACAAGAAACAUAACCACGAACCGGCCCAGUCAAAUCAGGCAUUGGAGAGCCAUUGCAUGUGACCUGUUUCUAGUUAUAGGAGUCCCAACGCUGUACAUGGUCUCAUAUUAAAUUAUUCAAAAUUCGCGCUACAUAAUUCUCGAAGAGAUAGGCUGUUAUUAUGCAAUAUACGACACGCAGCCCUUUUUCCCGUUAAUUGUGAUAUGGCCGUUCAUAGUGUCUCUUAUCCUUCUUGUCUACUUAGUGUCUCAACAUGAUUGUAUGGAACAAACUGAAGCUCUUUAUCAACGUUCAUUUUUCCGACUAUUGGCACUAGCC